GUGCCCCAUCAUUGGUGUCAGUGGGAGGAAUAGUGCCCCAUCGUUAGUGUCAGUGGGAGGAAUAGUGCCCCAUCAUUGGUGUCAGUGGGAGGAAUAAUGCUCCAUCAUUGAUGUCAGUGGAAGGAAUAGUGCCCCAUUGUUGGUAUCAGUGGGAGGAACAGUACCCCAUCAUUGGUGUCAGUGGGAGGAACAGUGCCCCAUCAUUGGUGUCAGUGGGAGGAAUAGUGCCCCAUCGUUGGUGUCAGUGGAGAGGAAUAUGCCCCAUCAUUGGUGUCAGUGGGAGGAAUAGUGCCCCAUCAUUGGUGUCAGUGGGAGCAAGAGUACCCCAUCAUGAGUGUCAGUGGAAGGAAUAAUGCUCCAUCAUUGAUGUCAGUGGAAGGAAUAGUGCCCCAUUGUUGGUAUCCGUGGGAGGAACAG